GCGAAUGACCAGGCUGAUGAUAUCAACGACGUCUUGUCGCCCUUCUGGACCAAAAAAGAGGCCAACAGUUUUCUUGAGAGGUCAUCGAGAAAGAAGCGGACGUUACAUGAGGAAUGUUAUGGCGAAGGCUGUGUCUUUGAAGAAGUCCGCGAGGCUUUAUGGAGCACCGAAAGAUCGCAAGAGUACCUGUCUACAAUGGCGUGCCGAAAUUGGGGAUGUACCGCUGGUUACCUGUGCGUCAGGGCGGACGCAGGGACGUCUGGCAGCGGCCGACACUGGAGGGUGUGUAACGAUAUCAACGAGUGUUCAACGAACAAUGGAGGAUGUCAGCACAUGUGUAACAACAAUGCAGGUAGCUACACCUGCAGCUGUAACACCGGCUACAGUCUGUCUGGACAACACUCCUGUACAGGAAUUGCACAACAGUGUGGCUGCACGGGCUACAGGGUACUCAGUGAAGCCUUUCGCAGCACGACCUAUGUUCCCACUGGAAGUGAGCCACUUCUUUGUGACGACCUUUUGGAAGAGGGCUGCUACCGAUUCACCCACCGCCCGAACAUCAAAAUACCAGAGGCCUGUGUGGCUCCACAUCACUGUGGUACCUUGGCACCGAUAUGGCUGAAUGGCGAGCAUCCCACCGAUGACACAUACGUCACACGCAUAGGAUGCAUCAACCAGGGUCGUCCAGGAGACUGCUGCACGGAUGAAGUGGAUAUUGGAGUAAAGAAGUGUACAGAUGAAGAUGGAGCCACGUUCUACGUGUACCGUCUAACCGCCACUCCUGGGUGUGACAUAGCCUACUGCGGAGGCGAUUACGUGACGUGUGAAGCUAACAAGACAUGGAGCAGUUUCUACCAGAGAUGUAUAGAGGAAGUACCGAUCAUGGAUGGUGACCCAGAGCUCAGUCCACCUAAACUUGACCUUGACAUGGUGAAAGUCACCUUCACAUGUGAGAUCAAGUACAACAAGCUAGAAGACGACGGGGCAAGGUUUGCUGUGAAGUUCCUCUUCGAUAACACUGAAUACGACGAAGUGAAUGACGUGACAAAAUCGCCGCUGACCCCAAACAAGAAGACGAUUGAAUUGGAUGCCAAAUUCCUGGGUGACUUUAAGAUAGAGAAGAAGAAGGUAGUUAAAGAAGACUACUGGGACUCAAAGAUGGGAAAGACGGUUUCCUGUGUCGUACAAUCAUACUGGAAAGACACACCUGAGCAAAGGAGCAAGGAGAUUCACAGUAACGGAUACUGGGCAGGCAUUGCGGCGGAAAAGGGUCGUCUCACUCUCCCUGAAAAUAACGAAACCAAAGAGUAUAUUAACUUGUAUGCGACCGUCCCUUUCGUGUGCAGCACUUUCGAAAACCAACAUAAGACAUGCAGUAUUCGUAUUGACCUAGUGGUAGAUCGUGACGCCCGCACCGUAGAGACAUGUGGGAUAGACAUCCAAGCCAAAAGUUGGAAUCCAGUAAUAAACCGUGCUUACGCCGACCGCAAGCACAUCCUGGCCACACAGGACAAAAAAGAUGACGGAGACCACGUAUUUGCAGUGGAGUUCGGUACUAUCGAAAAGUUUAACAUUUGGCAUCCUCAUGAUGAACACGCUAAAAGUUACAAUGAGGAGGUUCCGCACAUCUAUGAUGGCUACGCUCCAGAGAGUAUCCAGGUUGUAACGAUAGAUUCUCCAACUGGUCAAUGCAAAGGGGUGACGGACCCACAUUAUACGACAUUUGAUGGCAGAUAUUAUACGCAUUUUCUGGUUGGACAGUUUGUCUUCAGCAGAAACACAGAGAGGAAUUUUGAGGUUCAUGUACGUACCUUUGUAUGUGGAGCAUGGAGGGCUUCCUGCCACUGCGGGGUUGCUGUACGUGAGGGGAAUGACGUUGUAAUGAUCGACCUCUGUCACACGGACUGGGGAGAUCACCAAGGCGUUUACCCUAAGAUAACAGAGAAGACAGCACACGGGCAGGCGCUUUCUCCGGGCGUUGCGGUCUACAGAAGUUUCAGCGGAAAGGAUUUUUCUAUCGGCAUGCCUUCUGGGACAUCUGUCAGAGUUAGCAUCAACUACUGGGGCAUGAAUGUCCACCUUUUCGCGCUUGGCAUGGACAAGGGAAAAACGGAGGGUCUAUGUGGAGAUUGGGAUGGAAACAGAGGCAACGACUUUAAAAUGCAAGAUGGAGCAACUACCUCCGACGUCAACACUUUUGCUAGAGACUGGAGGGUGCCAGAGGGAGAGAGUCUGUUCGAGAGAACCCCUGACGUUGUUCCAGAUGAAACAGACGUGUCAUUCUGCACCUGCUCGAAAGGAAAGAAUAUCAAAUGCGGUCCAACAAACAAUGCCGAGAAGAACACCAUAGACGGCAUCAACACUGAAGUGCAGCUAGACAAACAAGGCGGAAACAAUGCAAGGAGGAGAAAGAGAGCCAUUGACGAAUCACAGCUUUACAGUGACGACGUUGAUGACAGCGGCGACUAUGCCUACGACUUCGGUGAGAACCAUGAUCCACCUGAGCCCCAAUGGCCAACACCGACACUGAGGAUCACCGAAGCACAAGCCAGGGCACACUGCCGGGAAACCAUUGCCAAUUCAAGCGUAGCUGACGCCUGUAGUGGAAUUGGGUUGGACAUUUUCGCUCCAGUGGAGGGCUGCGUAUCAGACAUUCAGUUUACAGAAGACUUGGACAUUGCCAAAGAUGCACUGGAAGUCAUGAAAGUUGACUGCAUUACGGUGGCCUAUCAGAACGUCAGCAUGUAUGAAGAAGGCGAAAACAACACCUCGGUGCCUCCUAUUGCAGUUCAGCAGAAUCUGUGCCCGAGUGAGUGCAGUAACAAUGGUGACUGUGUUAACGGAUCGUGCGUCUGUCAUGAGGGCUUCACCUCCGACGACUGCUCGCUAGUGGAAGGCGCCCCACCAACGGCCUGGUUCAUUCCUAACGACGGCAAAUGCGACAUUCGUCUCCGACCCUGUCGAAAAAUAAGUCUGAUCGCCGACGGGCUUGUAGAAUCAGAGAACCUCACCUGCCGUGUGAGACAAGUGAAGAUGGUCCAAGGGAUACAGGAAGAAGAACCCUACGAUGCUGUGGACACAUCCGCGACUCUGAAGAGCUUUCGAGAAGUCAAGUGUGAACUACCACUGUCUCCUGUCUGGCAAGGAACUCCCGACGAGACGGAAGGCGCGGUGACUCACGGGAUGCUUGUCUCGGUGAGUAACGACGGUGUGGAGUUCAGCGAGGAGAAACUGGUCACCAUCUAUGACAGCGCCUGCCAGGACUGCACCACAGGGCCCGUCUGCUUCUGGAAGGAAAAUACAUGUAAAAUCCGCGGAUUCUGCUUCGAGGAGGGGGACAGCAAUCCAAAUAAUUGGUGUUUCGAGUGCAUCCCAGGGAACGCUAAUACGACCUUCAGCGAGCGUUUGGUAAACCUGCCACCCGUUGUAACGUCCCAAACGGACAUUAUGAAGAUUCCGGAUGAAGAUUUGACCAUGUUCAUCAACGCAACGGAUGCGGAGAACAGACCCGUUUCCUUCCGCUUCACAUCCGACGACGCAAAUGGUGUUGACCUUCAGCCUGAUGGACAACUGACGUGGGACGACGGUACAGAAUCCAGCGAGUUUUCUCUCGACGUCGAAGUGAGAGAUGAGUGUGGAGCAACCUCCACAACAAGCCUCAGAUUCAGCACCAUAGAGUGUCCCUGUCAAAAUGUCGGUGUGUGCAUACCCGAUCCCAGCAUGCCACGCGGCCAAGGCCACUACAUCUGCGAAUGUCCCGGAUUCACAGGGCCUCGCUGUGAGGAAGAGAUCGACGAAUGCCAGUCGAGUCCGUGCAACAAUGGUACAUGCGAGGACUUAGUGAACGGGUUUCGCUGCCUCUGCGAUAAUCUUCACAUGGGGACACUUUGCGACGUUGACAUCGAUGACUACUGCGGUCUGGACCCCUGCUUCCCGGAGGUUACAUGUACCAACAACAUCGACGGUUUCCACGUGUGCGGUGACUGCCCGGAUGGGUACACCGGCGAUGGAGAAACUUGCAAUGAUGUCGACGAAUGUGCUUCUGAAAGUACCCAUGACUGUGCGUUUGUCUGCUACAACAUUCCUGGCCGCUACUACUGUGGAUGUACGGAGGGCUACUUGCUGCUAGCAGGAGAAUGUUUUGAUGACGACGAAUGCGAGUCAGGGCGAGCAGAAUGCUCUCACACCUGCAUCAACACAGAGGGAAGCUAUGAAUGCAGCUGCCCAGGUGGUUAUAGUCUUGGGCCUGACGAAAGAACGUGCAUAGAAAUCGACGAGUGUGACAGCAACCCUUGUGGAAAUGGAGGGACCUGCCACGACCAGGUUAACGGAUUCACCUGUACCUGCCCUGCCGGGUGGCUUGGAGCGACGUGCGUGGAAGAUAUUGACGAAUGCGUCGUCAUAAACCACGGCUGCCAACAGCUGUGUUUGAACACUGACGGCAGUUACACGUGCUGGUGUCCGGCCGGGUACCAGCUGAGUGAGGACAAGAGGAACUGUGAAGAGCAACAUGACGUCACUACUAUUUCGACGACCGUAAGUGACCACUACACUGAAUGCGAUGACGGCACCUGUCCUGACGUGAAUGCCAAAUGUGUCGAAGAUGACGGCGGCUACACCUGCGAGUGCAAGUCGGGGUACUACAGUACAGCGUCUGCCGGACACAACAUGUGCAGACAAUUAAAUACCUACGAAGCUGAGCUGACAGUGACCCACAUCAAUGGAGAGGAAAUCGUCUUCACUUCUUCUGGUCUGGGGGAUACUGACUCGGAAGAGUUCGACAGGACUGCCACUGUCGUCGAAGCGGUGAUGGGUGAGGCUCUCUCGUUGGCUCCACUGCGAAGGUUGUACAAGGGGUGUGAAGUAAAUGGCUUCAAACACGGAAGUGUCAUCGUCAUCUUCGAUAUCUAUCUGACGGAAGAAUCAAUUCCCGAGGACAGAAUAACCACGGCUUUUACUCAAGCACUCCAGGGCAACAUGCUCGGCACGAACCAGACAAUGACUGUCAUUCCGUCAUCCUUCCAAGUCCAAGAAAAAGUUGAAUCUGCAGAGGAGCCGUGGUACAGCCAGCCGCUCUACGUUGCCCUUCUCUGUGUUGGAGCCGUCGCGGCAGUAGUAGCCUGUGCGAUCAGCGUGUAUUGCUGCAAAUGCAGGAAGAUGGUGUGCAACAAACCUGUCUCCGUCUACAACACACCAGAGCGCACGCCCGACCUUCGUACAAACUCGCCAGGUCCAAUCGAAAUGAAUUUUGUCGUUACUAACAACAGUGACAGGCCAAUGGACAGGUCAUUUGGCUCCCUUUUUAAGAUGGAGUAAGACUGUAGGGAAGUGAUCUUUGUAACAAAACAAAUCUUUGUAAAAGCUUAAGUUCCAAAACAUGUAUAUCGUGUAUCAGUACAGGAACUAUUUAAUGUGACAAAACCUUUGUGUUGUAAUCAUGAGUUUAUCCACUAUAACUUUAUGACUAAUGGCAGGUGGCCUAUCAUCGAGCGGUUUUUCGCGCGCUAGAACUUACAGCGCUCCAUCGUUAGUUGUCAGAGAGUGAUCAGGUUUAGAUGCAUGAAUUUAGACAACAGCUUUGUGAAGAACAGACUUGGAUAAGAAAUACAUUCAUAUUUUCCAUGUGCUAUACACAAUCCGCGUGACAAGCAACAAACGCCGUGAGACGUUUUUGUGAAUUUACCUUUGUGAAUGUGGUGCGACACUAGACAGUCUGUCCCAAAUUCGCACACUUUUGUAGGCUUGCUGUUUUCAGAAGAUGGUGAUAAAUUUAAGUAAACAGAAAUAAGAACUGAAUUCUGUGAUAUUUCAUUUUUCUUAAAAUUGCGAUGGUAUUUACUUCUCGUCUCAUGCGAGGAGGGCUGUAUUAACCCUACAUACAUGUAGACCGGGCUUUUUUUGGGCUUG